CAAAUACCCAGAUCCCAGGUAGCUGCCAGCCAGGCAUCCAGGAGGCCACUUGACUUCAUCAGCUCCAGGGUCUCUCUGUGUUGUAGGUGUCACAGUGUCGUGCCCCAGAGCUCUUUGGCUUCGUUGAAAUGUCAACAAUCCUGAAAUGGUUUGGACGGGAAGAUAAGGACAAAGAGGAGAAGGAAAAGGAUAAGGAAGUAGAGAAGGGAGAAGAGGAAAAGCCUGAGGGAGAAACAGAGAAGGACAAGAAGGAAGAGGCAAAGCCCCUGCAGGGAGACGGGGGAGAGGACAGGAGCAGCAGCAGCAGCUCCAACAGCAGCUUGGAAGAGGCCCGUGGCAGCAACAAGGAUGAUGAGGAGGAAGACAAGGACUAGCUUUUCCACGCUGGAUCAGCAGUGCAUGCCCUGGGCACACCAAGGAGGUGUGAAUGUGAACAGCAGCAUAUGCUGGAUGGGGCCUGGGCCACUUUUAGCCAAAUAAAGGUCUUUGCAGGCUACAAA